AUGGUAACAAUAACGAAAUUGAUGCUUGUCACAGUUAUUUAUGGAAUUUUAACCCCUGUAACAACAUCACGAGUACUUGAAUUAAGUGACAGAUUCUUGGACAUUCAUAAAGAUGGACAAUGGCUUGUAAUGAUGUACGCACCAUGGUGUGCACAUUGCAAACGAUUAGAACCAAUUUGGGCUCAUGUAGCACAACAUUUACAUGCAACAUCAAUACGUGUAGGACGUGUAGAUUGUACUAGAUUUACAAGUGUUGCUCAUGCUUUUAAAGUUAAAGGAUUUCCAACUAUUAUAUUUUUGAAAGGUGAACAAGAGUUUAUAUAUCAUGGAGAUAGAACGCGAGAUGAAAUAGUAAAAUUUGCAUUCAGAGUAAGUGGUCCACCUGUUCAAGAAAUAACAAAAACUCAAAGUUUUGACACAGUUAAAAAGGAACAUGAUUUAUACUUUUUAUAUGUUGGAGAAAGAUCUGGACCAUUAUGGGAAUUUUACCACAAGACUGCAGAUGUGUUCCAACCAUAUGCAUUUUUCUAUCAGUCUCAUCCAAAUAUUGUUAGUAAACAUGCUCCCAUUAAAAAUGUCCCAGCAUUAUUUGUUUAUAAGGAAAAUUUGCAUUAUAACUUUACUGCUCAUGAUAUACAUGAUAUAGAAAAACUAAAUGAGACAUUAUACAAGUGGAUAAAUGCAGAACGUUUUCCUACAUUCCCAAAAGUAACAAGAGGAAAUAUAAAUCAACUUUUUCUGACAAAUAAAAAUCUGGUUCUGGCAGUUGUAGAAGAAAAUCAGUUAGAAGAAGUACCACCGCAUAUGGUGCGAUUUAAAGAUAUGGUAGAGUCAAUAAUAAAAAGCAAACGAGAAAAAUAUCAUGAUCAUUUUCAGUUUGGUUGGAUAGCUAGUCCUGAUCUAGUCAAUAGUAUAGCGAUGAUGGUUUUACCAUUACCAAGUUUAAUUGUUAUUAAUACUACAACAAAUCAUCAUCAUAUUCCAGAGGAUGAAACAGAAAAACUGACUCCUCAUGUGAUAGAAUUGUUCCUAGAGCAAAUUAGAAAUGAAAGUGCUCCGCGAUAUGGUGGAAAUAAUUGGUUAAUACGUAUAUAUAGAUCAUGGUUUGAAUUAAAAACAACUCUUUCUGCUAUGUGGAUGGGUAAUCCUAUCUUGACAAUGGUUUUAUUUGGUUUACCAGCAGGUUUCUUAUCUCUAAUAUGUUAUGGGAUAUGUUGCCCAGAUAUUUUAGAUGCAGAUGACGAUGAAGAAGAUUACCCAGGAGCAAAUCAUAUGAAGAAAGAUUAA